AGAAUUCGAUAAGAAUAUCCAUAUCCAAACUUUAUUAUAGUGUUUAUAGGCAGUGAUUAAGCAAAAAAAAAAAAAAAAAAAAAAACUCAAUAAGAAAGACUGAUUUAAACUGUGGUAAUUGAGAAAGAAGAGAAAGCUUUACCGCGGCCACAUUAUUCCUAAAUUUGUCACCUUGCAAUCCUACGACCCAAAUUGUCCAAAUCUUGGACACAACUUGUGGAAUUAUAUCCGAACUACUCAAAUUUUCCUCAAGUUAGGCAUGACAGUCAAAUCAAAUUCCGGUCGCGCAAAACGUCGUCGUCAUUCUGUCAAAUCAUCAUCCACAUUAUCUUUUGCAUAGUAACGCGUGAAAAUUACUAACUAUACUUGGACAAAAUUUUCCAGCUUCGUUCCAAUUUCUUUGGAAUUAUUAUAUUUUCUUGCCCAAAAGAAGGAAAAACACAGAAGUGGGAGGAAAUCAUUAGAAGAAAAAAAAUAGCCACAAACCAACCUUAAUCAGGGUUUUGGUUUCUUGAUUUCAAAAUUCAAACUAGGUGACAUCAUGCGGUGGACAUUUAUGACACAAGCUUCCCACACUCAAUCCCCAUUUUCUUCUGCUACUAUAAAUAUCAGCACUUGGCCACAUUUGGUGACAACACACAAAACAAAAAGACACUUAACAAAAAAAUGGAGAGGAUUAGCUGCAACAACACCAUUAAUGUUGCAGGUAUGAUCAACAUUAGCAGUAAUGCCGCUGCUAAUCAUGAUCAUCAGCAGCAGCAGCAACAAAACGUGGUGUCUCCAAUCACGGUGCCUUGUGAUUCCAGCAACAACAACUCUCCUUCUCCUUCUCCACCUUCCCACCAGUACUCUUCCUCCUCCACUUCUCCCGCCGCCGGUGGGUUUCCUUCUCAACACCAGUACCAUCAGCAACAACAACAAGUGAUUCUCAGCCCUUGUGCCGCCUGCAAGAUCCUCCGCCGCCGGUGCGUCGACAAGUGCGUCCUGGCUCCUUACUUCCCUCCAACCGAUCCCUUGAAGUUCACCAUCGCCCACCGCGUCUUUGGGGCCAGCAACAUUAUCAAGUUCUUGCAGGAGCUACCGGAAUCGCAGAGGGCCGACGCGGUGAGCAGCAUGGUGUACGAAGCCCACGCCCGGAUCCGGGACCCGGUGUACGGCUGCGCCGGAGCGAUCUGCCAGCUCCAGAAGCAGAUCGGCGAGCUGCAGGCCCAACUGGCCAGGGCCCAGGCAGAGGCUGCCAGCAUGCAGACCCAGCAGGCCCACUUGGUGGCGCUCAUCUACAUGGAGAUGGCCCAAACGACGUCGUUGUCUCAUCAAGAGCAGCCCGUGUUCUUCCCGGACCAAACGACGCCGCACCACCACCACCUCCAGUCUUUCAACAAUAUUGACACGGCUUGUUUCCUCGACGAGUCCUGGGAGCCUCUCUGGACAUGACGACGAUGAUGAUGAUUAACUGCCUAAUUAGCCGGGAAUUUGCUGAUUGGUUUUCCACUAAUUAUUGUUGUUAUGUUAAUCAGCAUGAUUUUCUAGGCUUUAAUGCGUUCUGAUAAUUUGAUGUGGCGGGCCAUUAGGAGAAAAAAUGGAAGAGGGAAAAAGAAAAGACUGGAUCCAUACUUGAAGAUUAUAGGAGGUGGAAAACUAAAUAAGGAAAUUAAAUAAUUGAAGUGACUUAAUUAUUAUACAAAUCAGAAGGUUAGUUAUGGACUUUGAAUAUGUGUUAGUUUGCUUGCAAAUGUUGACUGAGACCCUCUUUAGAGAAAGCGAUAAUUAAUUGUAGGGUAAAUACAAUUUAAUAUUCAAACUUUUUAUUUUAAAUAAUAUAGUAGCCAAACAUUUUCCAAAACAAUCUAAUAUUCAAAUCGUCAACUUUCCGUCCGUUUGACCGUUGGUUGACACUUCAAAAAAGCUUUGUUUAGGGGAAAUUGUCACAAUACCACUUUGUUUUCUUGUUUUGGCAUUGCAGAUGAUUGAAUAUUUAGAUAUUCUAUACCAUCAUGAUGGAGUCAUGGACUUCUCGGGUUUGGAACCACGAUAUGUUAGUGGUUUUUCAGAGAAGAUAUCGAUGGAUAUUGAUGAAGCGUCGUACUACGAACUUUUUUGAAGUGUCAACUAACGGUCAAACGAAUGGGAAGUUGACGAUUUGGAUAUUAGAUUGUUUUGGAAAAGGUUUGGCUAUUAUAUUGUUUAAAAUGAAAGGUUUAGAUAUUAAAUUGUAUUUAUCCUUAAUUGUAUUAAUAAUGUAAUACAAUUAAUAUAAUGUUUUCGUUGUUUCUAUAAAAAAAAUAAUGUUUUCGUUGUUGUGAGGCAACAAGUAAUAUACACACAAGAAGAUGAUUAUAAUUCAUUAAUUAUAAGUCUGCCCUCAUUUUUUUUGGUUGACAGGAGGCCGAAGCCAAGAAGGGGGACAGGGGAGUUACAGAGAACUGGUCACUGCAACUUGGCGCUCAACACCAACUCCAGCUUUAUCAUCAUAAGUCUGCCCUCAUAGGAAACAUUGUAAUCGUAGUACUCAGCUCUUGAAAUGAAUGAUAAUAAAGACUCACAAGAUAUUGAUUUUUUGUUUUCAUUUUAGAUUUGUUUUUGGGUUUCAAAUUCGGCCCGGGCUAUUGUUUAUCAAUGAUUAAGUCUAUUAAGUAACGAUUUGUAUGAGUUUUUUUUCGGGGUCAUUUAUUACAUAUUUGAAAUAGGAACCAUCACAAAUUUCGGACCAUUUUUUGAAAAGCUAUUUUUCUUGGAUUUUUAAGAUUACAGAUCACGAAUUACGAUUUGGACUAUUCUCCAACAAUGGUAAAGUCUAUAAAUUGCUAAUUUGGGCGGAUUUCUUUUUCAGAUGGUAUUUUCAUAAAUUUUUGGUCGAUUUUUGAAAGACCAUUUACCUUGGAUUUUAAAGGCUACAGAUCACGUAUUAAGCCUGAGACUAUUUUCACCGAUGAUUAAGUCUAUUUAGCACCAAUUUGGACGGAAUUUCGGGGACCAUUUUUGACAGAUUCCAAAGGGUACUACCGAUCACGGAUUCGGCCUGAGGCUAUUCUCCACCUCUUAUAAAGUCCACUACUCGUCGAUUGGGGCGAAUUUUUUCAGAGGGCAUUCUCGUAACUUUUUGGGCGAUUUUCCGAAAGGUCAUUUUCCUUGGAUUUUGAAGACUACGGGUCACGGAUUUAGCCAGAGGUUAUUAUUCACCAAUGUUUAAGUCUACUAACCAAUGAUUUUGGCAAAUUUUCUCCGGGUUCAUAUUAGGCAGAUUUUAAAGGGGUAUCAUCACAUAUUUCAAACAAUUUUUUCGAAAGACCUUUUUCCUUGGAUUUUGAAAGCUACAGAUCAUGUAUUCGGCCUGACACUAUUCUCUACCGAUGAAAAAGUCUAUUAAUCGCCGAGUGGAUUUUUGUUAGGAAGGCAUUUUUGUAAUUUAUGGUAUUUUUUGAAAGGCUAUUUUCCUUAGAUUUUGAAGGCUAUUGAUCACGGAUUCGGCCUGAGGCUAUUCUUCACUGAUGAUUAAGUCUAUUAAGCAACGACUUGGACAGUUUUUUCCAAGUUCAUUUUUACAGAUUCCAAAGGGAUACCAUCACAAAUUUCGGGUGAUUUUUUAGAAAGACCAUUUUCCUUGGAUUUUGAAGGCUACAGAUCAGAGAUUCAGCCUGAGACUAUUGUCCACCAACGAUAAAGUCUUUCAAUAGCCGGUUUGGGCAGAUUUUAUUGGAUGGCAUUUUCGUAAUUUUUUUAAUGAUUUUUCGACGGACAAUUUUCCAUAUAUUUUGGAGGCUACAAAUCACGGAUUCGGCCUGAGGCUAUUCUUCACCAAUGAUUAUAAAGUCUAUUAAGCAUU